AUGCUCGCGCACCCCUCAAAGAAUGCGAUCUUCAGCAAACUGUGCUCCUGCCGCUUCUAUGGCCACCCCAACGCAAAACGGGCUUCACGGAGCUCUACGACUUCCUUACGCGCCUUGGCCACCACAUCCCCCAUCAAGCCUACGUCCUCGGACGACGUCGACCUCAUAGCAUUUUUCGACCAGCCCAACACAUCCCAAAAAUCAGUCGAACAUACAGGUCUUUUUGGCCAUCGGGCUCUCACCCAUCCACGGUCUUUCAUCGCCCUUGCCGACUCUACCCUACACCGAGCCAAACUCCUUGCUGGGAGAAUCUUGCGCGCACGUCAGUCGCAGGAUGAGCUAUUCAAGGUCGUGAAGAACCUCGACAGGCUCAGUGAUAUGCUUUGCGGUGUUAUAGACCUCGCGGAGUUAUUGAGGAACGCGCACCCGGAUCCUGCGUGGAUCCAGAGUGCUGAAGAGGUGUAUGAGAAGCUUUGCGAAUUCAUGAACGUGUUGAAUACGGACGUAAACUUGUACGAGGUCCUGCGCGAUGUCCUAGCAGACGAACAGCUGGUCAAGUCACUUAGUCCGGAAGCUCACGCAACUGCUAUUAUAUUUUGGCGCGACUUCGAGAAGUCAGGCAUCGACCUUCCCCCAGCUCAACGAGAACGCUUUGUGUCGUUGUCUACACAAAUUCUGGUUGCCGGCCGGCAAUUUCUCAACGAGACGGCUACUCUUAGACCACCGGCUAAAAUCAAGUGGUCGGAACUUCAAGGUCUGAAAGAUUUGGGUAUGGGCGCACGACUGCGUCUGCAAGCACAGGUGACCAAGCGCGACCUCCUUGUAUAUCCCGGCUCUCUCCAAGCUCAGAUGGUUAUGCGCUCGGCGCCUGCAGAAGAGCCUAGGAGAAAGGUCUACAUCGCGUCGAAUUCGAGCACUCAAGACCAAAUACGGACAUUGGAACAUCUUCUCCAGAUGCGCGGGGAGCUGGCCCAGCUUGUUGGCAAGAAGAGUUAUGCUCACAUGACGCUGUCUGACAAAAUGGCCAAGAGUCCAGAAAACGUCCAACAUUUCUUGGAUUCAUUACUCGACCACACGCGACCUCACGCAGAGCGUGCAAUCCAGACUCUCAGCACUCGGAAACAGCUCCAUCUCAAUACCGCCCACUUGCCAACCAUCCAGGCCUGGGAUCGUGACUACUACUGCCCACCCGAGCCCCCUGCCUCUCCAGUCUUCUUGCCGACACUGACUGUCGGAACUGUAUUCAUGGCCCUGUCUCGCCUCUUUCAAGCUCUGUAUGGGGUAUCGCUGCGGGUCGCCGACACCCCACCUAGUGAAUCGUGGCAUCCCGACGUGCGCAAGCUGGAAGUUAUUGACGAAGACUCAGGAGUGUUAGGAUGGAUCUACACGGAUCUGAUCGCUCGUGUCGGAAAGCCCGGAGGUGCUGCUCACUACACAGUCCGAUGUUCGCGCCGGACCGACGAUGACGACGAAGAUGGAGAUUGGGAGGAUGCCAGUCCCUCUUCCAAAGCCAUCGCCCGAAUGUCAGAAGAGUUCGAGAAGGAGAAACGUUUUCGGUUGCCACAUCGCAAACACGUCCUUCAACUACCCGUUGUGGUGCUUCUAUGUGAAUUCACGCCACCCACGCUUGGUUGUGGCCCGACUGUCCUCGAGUGGCAUGACGUUCUGACCCUGUUUCACGAAAUGGGACACGCGAUGCACUCCAUGAUAGGAUGUACGGAAUACCAGAACGUCUCAGGAACUCGUUGCGCUACCGACUUCGUGGAACUUCCUUCGAUUCUCAUGGAGCAUUUUCUCAACUCGCCUCAUGUUCUGUCGUUAUUUGACCGCCACGGAACUUCCCCCAUCCACGGGUCAAGCGAUUAUCAUGAAGAUCCAUGUCUGUCUAUUGACACUUACACCCAAAUCCUCCUUGCCACCCUCGACCAAAUCUAUCACUCUCCAAUCGCAGUCACCCAAGACUUCGAUUCCUCCCACCUCCUCGCAGAUCUCUUUGAGGCGCGGGGGGUCAUUCCCUAUGUCCCUGGCACCUCGUGGCAAACCCAGUUCGGGCACUUAUUUGGCUAUGGGGCAACGUACUACUCGUACCUUUUUGACCGCGCAAUCGCCUCGCAGGUCUGGAGGGGGCUUUUUUCUUCUGAUCCGCUCAGCCGAUCUCUUGGAGAACGAUACAAAGACGGUGUUCUACGAUACGGUGGCGGCAAGGAUCCUUGGACUAUGGUAGCAUCUUUACUAGACGUACCUGAGCUCGGUGAAGGGGGCGCCUGGGCUAUGGCUGAAGUCGGCCGUUGGAAGAUUAGAGACGAUAUAUCCUCCGGCAGACGUCUGUAG